AGAACCAUUUAACGAAGUGUCAUUAUUGUUAAUUGUCAAUAGACGCCGCAGUUCAUGAACCUGAUAGUUACGUGCAGCUUUAUAAGUGAAGAAGCUCGAGGAGAUCAAGAAAGGCUUUAAUGUUAUGGAGAAAAGUUAUUUACUUGUUUAUAUAUACAAGAAACUGAUCAAAAAUCGCCAACUUUUUUAUGAUUUAUUCGAAGUUGGUUUGAAAACAUAAAAACAUUUUUAUAAAGUGCCUGCGUUGUUUCAAUUUUAGGAAAAAGUGUGCACGCAAUUAAGCGACCAAUAUUUAUAUUUGUUACACCCACCACUUGGUGGAUGUCAAAUGUCAACGAAGUCAAUACAAGUUGUUUGUGCGGUAAAACUCAAAUGAAACUAUUUAUUAUAUUAACUCUGAAUAAAGUUAUUCAUCUAAGAGUUUAGAGACUGAAAACAUUUAAUUGCAUUCCUGAUCAAAUGUGAAAUUUAAAUAUUCAUCUCAAUUAAAUCAGGUUACUGAUGUGAACCAAAGAAGUUAUACGGUGCUCCCCCCUUAUCGUGGCCCUCGUGUCCGGCAAGAUUCUCACACGGGCCCGAAUUUUUGUAGGGGCCACUCCGAUAAAUCCUACAGAAUGGGCCAGUUUCGGGCCCUUGGGGCCACACUUGGCAUAUCUUUGUCCGCAUUCUUCAUGCUGAUGGGCCCGACGAUGGCAGAGGCGCAAGGCCCCAGUGAUUAUUUAGCACCGCUCGUGAGGCCUCAAAACUUUUCGUACCACGAGAAGUCGCACGACUUCCAGACUUCGAACUUUACCAAAAAGUUCGGCGAUAAAGUUCGUAUAUCCAAGGAUACUUUCGUGAGCGUCGAAGAGGCACUGCAGCUGCUGAAAUCCACGAACAAAAUCCCACACAUUAAACUCGAGCCUAAGUCGGAAAAAGACACAUUCGGGAUUAAUGAAAUGAAGUUGAAGAAUAAAAAUCUCGCAGAUCCUCUAAGUCGGAAAAAAUUGCACAAGCAUCGCAAACUCCACGCUGGUAAGUCCCUCAAGUUGACCAAAAAAGGCGCAGACUUGAGUCAUGGACUUUUAAAGUCCUUUGGCAGCGAGAAAAUAAUCGUAGCUAAAAGUGACCCACGAACUGCCCGGCCUUCUGAUGCUCGCGCCGAAAAAAACAAGGAUUUUCUUGGUGAAGGAACUGCAUCUGAAAACAUUCCGCAUUUUACUGGAGGUGACGUUGAUGGUGAUGAACACAUCACCACAGGUAAUAAUGGUGAAGGGCUUAGUGAUGAUGGUGAGGUUUUCGGUGAUGGUGGUGAUGGUGAUAUUCUUAUUGAUGAUGAUGAAGAUUACUAUUAUGCGGACUCGAAAGAAGCACAAGACGGCCUGGAAAUACAGACUGAGUCUCUGCCUGCUACUGAAUCCGCCUACAGAGACUGCGUGGUGUUCGUGGGCAACGAGCUGGUGGAGGUACACAGGCACGGCGCGUCCUGGAGCGACGGCGACGAUCGCUGCGCCGUCUGCCAGUGUGACGACGGCGAGCAGCGCUGCUACUACCACUACUGCAACGGUCCGGAACUAGGUUUCAUCACUCCUCCUUCAGCCGAGACUCCAACCCUGGAGGCAGGCUCAACCCGGACUGAAAAUUUGGACGAAACUCGCGCGCCGAGCUCGUCCAAAAACGCGGACCUCAGCACAUCCGGUGACUCCGGAACUCUCGCGGAGUUAGAAAAUAAUUCAAGUCUUUACAAUAGUUAUCAAAGGCCCGCUGGCGGAAGCCCGAUAGCAGGAUCAAAUUACGAAAAACCUUCUACAGAACUUGCCUCUGCCGUGUCAAAACCAGAGUCUGGGACUAGCGCACUUUUUUCCCCGACGGAAAAACCUUUUCCAUCGACUACGAAAUUGGUUGCCGCGACGGCCACCCGUAACGAAGCGAUCGAACGAAUGUUCCAGUCCAACAACGACGAAUAUAACAACGCAGACGAUGAGCACGAAACGCACGCUUCGGGCAUGAGUCCGUGGCCCUACAACGAUGAUGAAGACGAAUAUUACGACGAAAGCUACGACAAUAACUUCGAUAAACUCGGCGAUAACAUUGGAAAACUUUUCCCAUCCGUCGAUACGACCCGGGAAAAUGUCGCAGUUGACCCUGAAGUACCGCAAAGUAACAACGAACACUCGGGACCUCACGGGACCGCAUCUCCGGACCACAGCGGCAAGCCCGUGCGGUCUCAUGACUGCGAAUCUGACUGCGGUAAAAGCUGUCCCUAUGGCUACAAGAUCACUCCCGGCGCAGGCUGCCCCACCUGUAAGUGUUUGAAGUGCAGGCCGCUGAACCACUGCAGUUUGUAUUGUCCGGACGGCUAUACAACCGACGAGCACGGUUGCCCAACCUGCACCUGUACCAGCAGCAACCAUAACCAUAGCCAGAACCAGGGAGAUAUGGUUGCAGUUCACCACACUCUAGGAGACAUAACCGCAACCCAUAAACUAGAUGCAAGUUUCCCUGGUCAAAACAACGACGUUACUGACCACCGAGAAAACUACGUCACUCAUCUUCAAGAAGAUAACCGCAACAUCAAGUUCCAGCAUCCGUUGACUCGCGACCGCAGUGCUGAUGUUCGGAUUAUGAGCCCCGAUUCCGUCGAGCCAUCGAAGAAAACUGCCGACGUUGUGUCAAGUGGACAAGAUGUUUCUGGGUCUAAUAGUAUCAACGUCGGUCUAUUGUCUCGCGAGACCCAUAAAAGCAAGGACCCUCAUAACCAUUUCUACGACAACGCCUUCAACAUCCUCAGGGAAGACGAGGUCUCCAUUCUCAGAGACCGAAACCCUGACGAGAACCGAGACUUUCGCCUCGACCACUUGCAACUUCCCGACGAUGUUAUCGUCGUUCCUGGUCGCAGGCAAGAAGACGAUGAUGGUGAUGAUAGUGUUCACGUAAAACAUCAUCGUGAUCAUUCUAAAGACGGCGCGCAGCAAUCGUCUCAAGACUUCUUCUCUCCACUCGACUACGAUUUGGAUUUCGUGACGACCGAAGACGACGACCUCAGCACGACGGUGGCCAGGGCCGAGGCGGAGAAGGUGGUCAUUUCUUCUUCGUCGUCUCAUAGUCAUGGCAAUUGUAGCCACGCAGCCCCGCGGCACUGCCAGGACCCCUCUGGUACGCGGUACCCCGUAGGCGCGGUGUGGUACCGCGGUGCGUGCACCGUGUGUCGGUGCUACGGUGCAGGGUACGCAGAGUGCACCAUCACGCAGUGCAGCACCACAUACGCACCGUCGCAGUGCAGACCCCCGCCUGCUGGACACUGCUGCCCUGACUGCUCAGGUGCACUCGAGGACAUUGACGUGGCUGUUCGUCCUGCGCACGUCGCUGACGAAGCAAACGUAGCCGUCACGAGCGGUCAGAUCGACGAUGACGUCGACGUGGAGGACGACUCUGACGAGCACGACACCGUCAAGGAGGCGGUCAGAGACGACAUCUCGUCAAUAUGCCUGGUAGUGCUGUGCCUGGUAGCAACCAUCAGCAUCGGUGUGGUCCUGGGGCUGCGGUACUGGCGUCGGUACCACAGCGCCAAGUACGACAUCGCUGCGACCAGCAUGUGCGAGGAGGCCCAGAAGCUACGGCCCGUCAAGCUCGGUUCAUGCGAAAUAAUAACUGAUCCUAACGACGUCUGUGCACCUCUGCGCCCUGCCAAGUGCGUCUGAAGUCAAAAUACGCAACACAAUAUUUGUUGGUGUAUCGGCGCUAAAUUAAUACAUGGGUUAAAGAUAUAUUGCUGGUCUGCUACGGCUCACGGGUGGCCGUCCGUCUGUAGUCCAAAUACGCAAUAUUCGUAGGCGUAUAGGCGCUAAAUUAAUAUAGGGUUUGAAGAUAUAUUGCUAUGGCACUCGGGCGGCCGUCCUAGGCUCUUCUGUGGUCUAGGAUGUGAAAUUCUUGGCCUACUUUUCGGUGAUGGAUAUUUGGUCUGAUAAUGAAUGGCCAAUCAGUGUCGGGACAAGGGUUUUCGGUGGCUGUUUAACGGAGGCUGCGCGGCUGCGGAAGAAGUCACUAACAAUUUUUUGCCGUUUUCUACGGCUACGGAAAAAUUCGGUGGAGCAGUUAAAUUGUGAGGUUGCCUGAGACGUGUCAACUCGGGGACUUUUCAGAUUAACGUGUAAGCCAAUAAUUGCCAUGAAUCAUUCAUUUUUAUUUAACAAACAAGAACGGGGACGAAUGUGAGAAAAUAGCGACUGUUAAAACCGUGACUAAAAAGCGCUGCUCAUAACAAAAACUAUAAAAAACAAAAUGCAAAAUUCUUGGCUUAUACAAUGCUUAGCUUUAAUUAUAUCAAAGUGUAAGCCGCCUAAAAGAGGACACUAAGAAAGGUGAUGCAUCAAAAACAUCAAGUAUUAUGAUACGUCAAGUGUUUCGACUUGCAGGAAGUGCAUGAGGCUGAGUGUUACGUGACUGUACAUAAAUCAUACGCGAAGCCCGAACAAAAGUGUACGAUGAUUUGAUAUAUCGAUGAGAAAAAAUAUAUUUAGCUGUUGAAUGACAUGAGGUUAUAUUAUCCGAGUAGUAAUGCGUACUGCGCCUGUUGGAGAAAAGUCAUGUUGUGUGCCGCGGAUCCCGCCGGUCUUUCUUCUCUGGUUUACAUAAUAUAAUUAAUUAGAGAGUGCAAGAGUGUUACGCGGUAGGGACUCUUAUUUGUUGAAGAAAAGCUUUUUGUCUGUUGGAAAAAAAUGUCGGGUAGUUAACCCUAAACUGUGUGGUUAACUCUUAAUCGUUAGGUUAACCCUUAGUCGUGAUGUUAACCCUUAAUAGUGAGGUUUAGCGUAAUCGCAAGGUCUAUCGUAAGCGCGAUCUAAAUGCUUAAUCGUUAGGUUAAUGCUUAAUCGUGAAGUUAAUCCUUUUUCGUGAGGUUAACUCUUCAUCGUGUGGAUAAUCCUCUAUAAUUUGUCACUUCAUGUCUCUUUCUCGUCAUUUAAUAAAGAAUAUAUUAUGCCUCUGCCACCCAGUUCAUCGCUACAUCAAAUAUACGGUAUUCUUCACUUCGCUUAAUUUAUCAUAUGCAGCUUUUCUUCCCAUUACUCUUUCUCAUGAAGGUUCGGUAAUAAUAUAAUAUAUACGGGUCCCGUGAAAGCAGUAAUGGUUCUCAUCGGCAAACUAUUCUAACUUGAAAGGUUUUGUGUCCAUUACUUAUUCUAUUUUGGAAACUAGUUCUGGUUCUUCAAUGACAGAGGAUCUUAACUCAUUUAGAAAUUUUACAUCAUAUUUAUCGCGUGUUGCGUUUUAUAUUUUCUAUUAUUUUUAAAUACAUUUUAUCGGCCCAGAACAAUCAACGACUCUAGUAACUACCAUUAAGUGUUGGUGUUAAAUAUGAGCAGUUACUAAGAAGCCCAUGGCGACAACAACAUUUCUUUGCUUCUUGUAAUUCACAAUUUUUUCGAAAUUAAUUUAUUAUGUUUUUAUAGAAUCAUUGGGAAAAAAGUGUUUUCGUUUUCAAUUUUGUGCCAAAUCCUAUGAGUGAAAAAUUGAUGUUUUUUUCGCAAUGAAAAAUCCUGUCAUGUUCUUGAUAUAAGAAUGCAUGAAUUAGAUAACUUACUUUUAUGCCUCUCAAGAGAAUAUGACGAGCUUUUUCUAGUUUGAAUGUUUUUGCAACUACAUAAAAGUAUUACCUCGAGCAAAAAUGUUUUCGUGUAGAUUAUGUUUACGUAAGCAUUGUAUAUACAUAUAAUACAUUGUAUAUACAUAUAAUACUCAUACAGGUAUCGUUAUUUUUCAUCUAUUCAGUCGAUAGCUUUGUAGUCUCUGUAAAUUUGUUUAGUCUUAAGAUAUUAUCGCUUCUCAUUAUUUGUUUGAAUGAUGUAUUGAAAAUCAUUUUUUAUAAAGAAUUCAGUCUUUAAUUUUAUAGAGUAUCUACUCCGUAUAAACUUUUUUUCCAGUGUAAAAUAUUUAUUUGAAUCACCAAGCUUUUGUAAUGAAUGAAAAGCUUGCAUUUUAUUUCAAUAUAUCCAUUUGUACGAGUAUAAUAUGUAGAAUUUUCUACAUGUUUGUAGAAAAUUCUAUUAUAUACUAUAUAUGUAUGCUUAAGCUCUUAUACUAUUUCUUAAACGUUUUAGUUUCACUCCACUGAAACGGAAGACUUGAUGGUUCACCCUUUGUCGGAAGGCUUGUCUUUAAAGGCAGCUAACCGUUUAUUCGAAGCUUGGCCUUUUAUCUUGAAUUUCCGCAUUAGCGCGCUGGUUAUUUCUUCAGAAAGUUAACGAUCAAUGACAAGUUAUUUUCAUGAGGAUUGUGCUUGGUUAUAAACUAUGCGACGCUCAUUAGGAGUGCGAGGAUAUGUCGUCUCGCAUGGAGGAUAUGUCGUCUCACAUGUUUCAUUAUCUCGCUUUACUGCAACUUCCUGCCCAUCCUGGAUAUCUCUGUCACUAUUUGUUCUAAAUGUUUCAGUUAACAUGUCACUAUUUGUUCGAAAGCACUAUUAAUAUCCAACAGGGGAGCAACCAGUGGUAGGAUGAUGGAUCAGGGCCUAUACUUUCAAAAAAAGUUAAGAGAUCGUAAGUUCAUCAG